GUGAGAGGUCAGCAAGAGGGGGCCUUUCUCUCUCUCUCUUUGCCCUUCCCCCGCUUCUGACAUGCCAACCCAGCAGUCGGCGGCGUAGCAGCUGCGCAAAAGGUCCCAGUCUUGUUUUAUGCUCAUUCUGAAACCUCAGGAUGGAGUUUGAGCUCAUGGAGAACGACAUCCUCGAGUCCCUGGAAGACCUAGGUUACAAAGGCCCAUUGUUAGAAGAUGGAGCUCUAACUCAGGCUGCUUCUGGUGGAGCCAGUUCCCCAGAAUUUACCAAACUCUGUGCUUGGCUAGUGUCAGAAUUAAGGUUAUUUUGCAAGCUAGAAGAAAAUGUACAGGCAACUAACAGUCCAAGUGAAGCAGAUGAAUUCCAGCUUGAAAUGAGCGGACUGCUUGGUGAAAUGAACUGCCCAUAUACAACACUAACAUCAGGAGACGUUACGAAGCGCCUUCUCAAUCAGAAAAACUGCCUUUUGCUUCUCACAUACCUCAUUUCAGAAUUAGAAGCUGCCCGCAUGCUGUGUGUGAAUGCUCCUCCGAAGAAAGCCCAGGAAGGUGGUGGUAGUGAAGUCUUUCAGGAGCUUAAAGGCAUAUGUAUUGCUUUAGGCAUGUCCAAGCCUCCAGCCAACAUAACUAUGUUCCAGUUCUUCAGUGGAAUAGAAAAAAAAUUAAAAGAAACAUUAGCGAAGGUUCCACCAAAUCAUGUGGGAAAACCUUUACUAUCGAAACCGCUGGGUCCAGUUCAUUGGGAAAAAAUUGAAGCUAUUAAUCAAGCCAUAGCCAAUGAAUAUGAAGUCCGGAGGAAAUUGUUAGUGAAGCGUCUGGAUGUGACUAUCCAGUCGUUUGGCUGGUCAGACAGAGCAAAGAGCCAAACGGAGAAAUUGGCUAAAGUCUAUCAGCCAAAACGUGCCAUCUUAGGAACCAAAAGUACUGUUUCUGUUGCUCACCUCCUAGCAGCUCGGCAAGACCUGUCGAAGAUUAUGAGGACUAGCAGCGGGUCCAUCAGAGAAAAGACCGCCUGUGCCAUUAAUAAGGUGUUAAUGGGCCGAGUACCUGACAGAGGUGGGAGACCCAAUGAAAUUGAGCCACCGCCUCCUGAGAUGCCACCAUGGCAGAAAAGACAAGAUGGUCCCCAGCAGCAAAGUGGUGGAGGAAGAGGUGGAAGAGGUGGCUAUGAGUCAUCAUAUGGUGGCCGUGGAGGUUAUGAACAAGGGAGUCAUGACAGAGGAAGCCGAGGUGGCUAUGACCAAGGAGGCUACGACAGAGGAAGCAGAGGAGGGUAUGACUCGUCCUAUGGAAGCCGUGGAGGUCAUGAACAUGGGGGUCACGAACGAGGAGGGCGAGGACGUGGUGGUUAUGACCACGGCGGCAGAGGGGGAGGAAGAGGAGGCAAGCCUCAGGGAGGCUGGACCGACGGUGGAGGAAGUGGCUAUCAAGAUGUCAGUUAUAGGGAUAGUAAUUACAGAGACACAGGCUUUCAAACUGGAGGAUAUCACGGAGGCGGCGGCGGCUACCAAGGAGGUGGCUAUGGUGGCUAUCAGUCUUCGUAUUCCGGAAGUGGAUAUCAAGGUGGUGGCAGCAACUAUCAACAGGACAACAGAUACCAAGAUGGGCAUUCCAAUGAUAGAGGCGGAGGCCGUGGAGGAGGGCGAGGUGGCCGUGGAGGUCGGGGUGGCCGUGGUGGGCAAGGAGGGGGCUGGGGAGGAAGAGGUGCACAGAACUUUAAUCAAGGGGGGCAGUUUGAGCAGCACUUCCAGCAUGGCGGUUAUCAAUACAAUCAAUCUGGAUUUGGACAAGGAAGACACUUCAGUAGCUGAGGCCGCAGCGCUUCCUUUUCUUGACAGAGCUCAUGUAAUAGAAGUCCGUUACAGUUUUCCUUUUCAAAUUAGUACCAGAUCGUGUGUGUGGAAGGCUGCUUUCAGAAAACGAUCUCUGCUUUUGAGCACAU